ACUUCCGGUCUUCCAGCUAAACAAGGAAGUCAAACCGACUCAUCAUGUCUUCUCAAUUUUCUUAACGCUCUUUUGCCCCAAUACCGCCUUUGUAGGUUUUGUAAGAAAACUGUUAGUAUCUGUCAAUAUGGCGAUAUCGACGUUUCAAAAGGUGACCCUCGCGACCUGCCUCGUGCUGUGCGUCGCACUGCUGCUUCCCAAGAUGCUGCUGUCCAGGGGGAGGAAGGAUGCUGCCGAGCGGCCGGAGGGUUCAGGUCGUUUUCCUCCCAUGAUGCACCGUCAGAUCGUUCCAGAGGCUCGAGGCCAGCGAGCAGCGGGGUCCGGCUUCUCCAGGGCCCAUAACCCUGAGGCCACAGCCAGGGCCAAAGGAGCAGGGACCGGAGCAGGGACCGGAGGCAAAUCCAACCUCGCAGGACAGAUCAUCCCUGUGUACGGCUUUGGGAUCUUACUCUACAUCCUUUACAUAUUAUUUAAGAUCACAUCUAAAGGCAGCAGCAAACCAGCAGAGGGAAGGUUUCCUCCGGUUCGCUCUGAAAACAUGAAGCGAAAGAUCACUGACUUCGAGCUGGCCCAGCUGCAGGAGAGGCUGAGAGAGACGGAGCUCGUGAUGGAGAAAAUCGUUUCCAGUGCCCACCACCAACCUGACAGGCUGAAGGGAGUGACUGCAGACCAGGAGGAGAACCUCCUGCAGCAGCUGACAGAGAUAACUCGGGUCAUGCAGGAAGGCCAGCUGGUGGAGGGAAUCGUACCAGAGAAGAAGACCCAGAAAGACUGGGAGGAAUACCCUGAGGAACUCCAUCCCUGCUGGGAGCAGACCCACUGCUGCUGUCAGCACAGCCCAACAGAGGCAGAUCAGGAGGAAAGAAGCGAAACAGACUGGGACAAGCAGACAGGAAACCUCCCCGAUGACGCCGCAGGUGCAGAAGAGGCUCAGGGAGCAGACCCGAGCACAGAAGCGGUCUCAGCGACCGACACAGGUGGGACUCCAGAGAGAGGGGUUGUGUUCGAGCACGAGGAGGAAGCCCGGAUCAGCGUGACGGGCUUCCAGGAGGAGCGACAAGAUGAGACCCUGAAGGAGGCGGAGCUUGUGCCGGAGCGGCAGACGUCAGGAGAGUGGGUCCGACCAGCAGCAACAGAAACAUCCUGCAGCUCAGUCAGACAGAGGAAGAGGAGGAGAGCGAAGAAAGCGGCACACUGACUCCACGGACAGGCCUGUUGGGUGGGGCGCAGCGUUCUCUAAUCUGUUCUUCCAGCAGCACGAAAAACUGGUGAUAGCAUGAAAAUAAAUCACCAGUAAUCUUUUACUGAACUGUGUGCAGCGUAGCUGUAAAUCACUCAUAUUUUAUUCCAGUGUGAGAGCAGCAUUUUAACUAUUUAUUCAAUAAAAUAAUCCAAUGAUGUAGAA